CCUUGGUUGGCAGAUGCGAUAAGGUGAGAAAGGGGGCCUUUUGCUGAUUCCAAGUGAGUUUUGCCAACCAGCCUUUGCUUCCCACCGGAAGUAGAAUUCCUGACGUUGGCGCCUUUUGGAGAAGAAGGAUAUCGGUGAGAUCUUACAGCGGGAUAAAACACAAGUGAAUCAUGGCAGAAACAGACGUGGACAAUGAGCUGUUGGACUAUGAAGAUGAUGAGGUCGACAACCAGACCGGGGGUGAUGCUCCGGACAUUACUCCCAAGAAAGAGAUGAAGGGAUCCUACGUGUCCAUUCACAGCUCUGGAUUCAGAGAUUUUCUUCUAAAACCCGAGUUACUUCGUGCCAUUGUAGACUGUGGGUUUGAGCAUCCAUCAGAAGUUCAACAUGAGUGUAUCCCUCAGGCCAUCCUCGGCAUGGACAUUCUGUGUCAGGCAAAAUCUGGCAUGGGGAAAACAGCAGUGUUUGUCUUGGCCACAUUACAGCAGCUGGAACCUGUUACAGGACAAGUUUCCGUGUUAGUCAUGUGUCACACCAGAGAGCUGGCCUUUCAGAUCAGCAAAGAGUAUGAACGUUUCUCAAAAUACAUGCCAUCUGUGAAGGUGGCAGUGUUUUUUGGCGGCCUUUCAAUUAAAAAGGAUGAGGAGAUGCUGAAGAAGAGCUGUCCCCAUAUUGUGGUGGGCACCCCAGGCCGAAUUCUAGCGCUGGCAAGAAACAAGAACCUGAAUCUGAAACACAUCAAACACUUUAUCUUGGAUGAAUGCGACAAGAUGUUAGAACAGCUAGACAUGCGCAGAGAUGUUCAAGAAAUUUUCCGUAUGACCCCUCAUGAGAAGCAGGUCAUGAUGUUCAGCGCCACCCUGAGCAAGGAGAUCCGCCCAGUCUGCCGGAAGUUCAUGCAAGAUCCAAUGGAAAUCUUCGUGGAUGACGAGACCAAGCUGACCCUUCAUGGCCUGCAGCAAUACUACGUCAAACUCAAGGACAAUGAGAAAAACCGCAAACUUUUUGACCUCCUGGACUUGUUGGAGUUUAAUCAGGUGGUCAUCUUCGUCAAGUCCGUUCAACGCUGCAUCGCUCUGGCUCAACUCUUGGUGGAACAGAACUUUCCAGCAAUUGCUAUUCAUCGUGGGAUGCAACAAGAGGAGAGAUUGUCCCGAUACCAACAAUUCAAGGAUUUCCAGCGCAGAAUUCUGGUGGCCACAAAUUUGUUUGGUCGUGGGAUGGAUAUUGAAAGAGUGAAUAUCGCUUUCAAUUAUGACAUGCCGGAGGACUCUGAUACCUAUCUGCAUAGGGUGGCACGAGCCGGCAGGUUUGGUACCAAGGGUCUCGCCAUCACAUUCGUCUCUGAUGAGGGAGAUGCAAAAAUUCUGAAUGAGGUUCAAGAUCGUUUUGAGGUCAACAUCAGCGAGCUGCCCGAUGAGAUUGACAUUUCAUCAUACAUUGAACAGACGCGAUGAAGCUGAUCUCUUGCUCCGGAUGCUGCACACUCCUGUUCUUCCCUGCAUCGGAUUGGGAUUAGCAGUCACCUGUUUGACGUGGAGCAUGGCCCUUCCCGUCUGCAUCCAGCAGAAUGUCGCUCUUGUGUUUCCCUUCUGCCAGUGACCCGUUCUCCAGCGUUAAAAAAAAGAAAAACAAAGAAAACUUGGAAACUUAAAAAAUAGGAAAAUAAUUUACAGAGAGAAGCAAAACUCUGGUGGCGUUGUUGCCAUGUUGGGUGUUCUGUUUGGUGUAGUGCCUGGCCGCACAGCCCCAUUCCUUGAUAAACGGCAGAUCCAGUUGUUGCCCGUCUGUGAUUAAUGAAUGAAUUUGGGGCCCGCAUCCAGCCCGCUAAGUUAUGUAGUUCUGGUGUAGUAUUUAGUUCCAGUUUUAUACAGUGAGAAUAAUUUUUUUUUUUUAACUGCACAGUCUUGUAUUUAGUGACCUAUUACACCGUGUCACAAGGAUUAAAAAAAAAAUUGUGUUUUCCUCAUUAACUUUA